CAGUUGCAACGUGCUUUAACUCUGGAUCCGCGCCCGGGUCCCACGUACAGUGUCACACAGACCGCUGUGUUCCGUGUCGUCGAACCUUCCGUGCUUUCGUGAGCGGGACGCGGAGGAGGGGUCCCGUGGGAACUGCUCGGGGCGCCGUGGGAAGAGCGGCAGGAGCGCAUGACAGCAGGACUGCGCGGCUGAGAAAGGCUGCUCCCGCGAACUGAGAGCCGGGACGUAGCCCCGCGUCCCGUGGAACCCUGGCCGGUCUCGCCAUGCUCGGGGCCCGGCGCCUGCUCGGCGCGCUGCGCCUCUGUUCCUCCGUUUCCUGCCCCAGGCCCCGCGCGUCUGCCAAAAUGCGCGUGCGGGAAGCCCUCAGGGUGCAGGACGCGAGUGGGGAGUGCGUAACGGUGCAGUUUUUUUGUUACUAUAGGGAAUUGACUUUUGGGAGUUCUGUGCAAGUCCAAGGGCAGCUGGUCAUAAGUCAGUCCAAGAGGCAAACUGUGGAACUGAAGGCAGAAAAGAUUGAGGUUAUUGGAAACUGUGAAGCCAAGGCAUUCCCUAUAAAGUAUAAGGAGCGACACCCUCUGGAGUACCUGAGACAGUACCCUCACCUGAGGUGCAGGACUAAUGCUCUGGGUUCUAUAUUGAGGGUCCGAAGUGAAGCCACAGCUGCUAUUCAUUCCUACUUUAAGGACAGUGGCUUUGUGCACAUUCAUACCCCAGUACUCACAUCCAACGACUGCGAGGGGGCCGGAGAGCUUUUUCAAGUGGAGCCUUCAAGCAAAAUAAAGGUACCAGAGGAGAGUUUCUUUGAUGUUCCUGCUUUCUUAACUGUCUCAGGACAACUUCACCUAGAAGUGAUGUCAGGAGCUUUUACCCAAGUAUUUACCUUUGGUCCAACAUUCCGAGCUGAGAAUUCUCAGAGCCGGAGACACCUGGCUGAAUUUUAUAUGGUUGAAGCAGAGAUUUCUUUUAUUGAAAGCCUUCAGGAUCUCAUGCAGGUCAUGGAGGGACUCUUCAAGGCGACCACCGAGAUGGUGCUCUCACACUGUCCUGAAGAUGUUGAACUCUGUCACCAAUUCAUAGCUUCUGGCCAGAAGGGCAGACUAGAACAUAUGCUAAAAAACAACUUCCUAAUCAUUUCUUAUACGGAGGCAAUUGAGAUCUUAAAGCAAGCAUCCCAGAACUUCGCCUUUACACCCAAGUGGGGUGCUGAUCUACAAACGGAACAUGAGAAGUACCUGGUGAGACACUGUGGCAACAUACCAGUCUUUGUCAUUAAUUAUCCAUCAGAACUCAAGCCCUUCUACAUGAGGGAGAAUGAAGAUGGUCCUCAGCAUACAGUUGCUGCUGUAGAUCUUCUGGUUCCUGGAGUUGGGGAGCUCUUUGGAGGUAGCCUCAGGGAAGAACGGUACCACGUCCUAGAGCAGCGACUAGCAAGAUCAGGACUUACGAAAGCCUACCAGUGGUACCUGGACCUUCGCAAGUUUGGAUCUGUGCCCCAUGGCGGCUUCGGAAUGGGAUUUGAACGCUACUUACAGUGCAUCCUAGGAGUUGACAAUAUCAAAGAUGUUAUUCCUUUUCCAAGGUUUACUCAUUCAUGCCUUUUGUAGCUGAAAGACUAUUUAAUGGAAAGUGCUCCAUCACCUCAUCUACACUUGAGUAUGUGUAGAAAAGACUGGGUGUUUGCAGUCUGGAAAUGUGGAUUUCAGUGCACAAUUCUUGUGCUCUGAGACAUAAUAUAUAAAAACUAGAAAUGGUCUUGAUCAUCUUAUGUCAAAGGCUUUUCAUGGACAGAUGAUAAACUCCCCAAGGAGAAAUACUAAGAGCAAGUGGACUUUCAAAUCUGUUACCUCACUUAGGGCAAAAAAAAUAGUAGUAGCUGGGCAUGUUGUCCAGCUAGUAGAGAAGCUGGUGCGGGAGAGUAACUUGAGCCUGGAUAACAUCUCAAGAAAGAAGAAGGGAAGACAUGGCAGUGUAGGGUCUCAGUUCCUCAGGGAUUCUGACCUGAUGGCCAUGUCUCACCCUGCUUUGCCUUUCAUUGGUAGCUCACUUCCCUUUGUUGUUUGCUUUUGUUUGUUUGUUUUUUAACAACUAGUGGCUAAAAAUAAGGUGAUGUUGACCCUUUUCUUCCUUGCCAUUUAAACUUACACUUAUUCUCUAUGCUUUGCUCAACUUUAUAGAAGAAAAUAUUCCUUUUCAGGGUCUAAAUUGACUAAUGAAGUGGCUAUUCUGAAUUGAACCAUUCAUCAUUGGGUGGUGAAAAAAAUUCACAUUUAAUAACUGCUGACCUUUAGUUUUAAAAGCUAAAGAGCUAAAAUUAACCAUUUAAACUUGUCAAUCAUUGUUCUAGUUCAUUUAUAUUAGAUGUUUGUAAAUAUUCUAGUAAUUAAAAUUCUUUUAAGUUAA